AUGAAAAUAAAUAUUUUCUAUUUAUCACUUUUAUUAGUGUGUAUAACAUUAACUACCAACUAUGUAAAUGCAGAUAAAACAUUUACAUAUAUGUCACAUCAAUAUAAAUUAUUGGACACUCAAUAUAAUUGGGAUGGUGCCUAUAAAAUGGCAGAAAGUCUCGGUGGUUAUAUUGCAGCUUUUGAAACCUAUGAUGAAUUUGUCAAGGUAAAUGAAGGACUUCAAAUUCCUGUUGGAAAUUUAGUUUGGUUAGGUGCUAAGGUUGGAGCAGAUAUUUAUAAUUGGAUGUGGAUCAAUGGUUCAACCAGAAAUUCUCCUUUCUACAGCAGCAUUCCAAUGAGUAGAUGUCCCUUAUUCUGUGGUCAGUUCGAGGGUAAUUUGGUUAGCACUCAAAUUCACUUUGUUGCCGGUCCAGACAAUAUGAAGUGGUUGCCAUCCAGCCAAAAAGACCUCCAUUACUUGGUUGUUGAGAUUGAACCAAACGGUAUUUCGCCACAGGUUUCUAUCAUGGACAACGGUGCCUACUGGGUCUCUAUCUAUAAUAUUCCAGGAUUCAUCAAAGGUGUUACAACCGUAGAUGUAACCAAUCCCUCUGGAAAUCGUGUUGGAUGUACAAGUACCAGUUCAACCACCGCCAAUUCCAUUACUUGUAAUUUCGAAGUUGCACCUCUGCAAUCGUACGCCGGUGCAUUCUCGGUCUCCUUAACCACAAAUGGAGUGGUUAGAGAUUACCCAAAUCUCUUCACUUUCUCUCAACCAUGGGUUUCUACCGUUCGUUACUUUGCCGCCACACCAAACGCCGUUACUUUGACCGGUGGUAAUUUCCUGAUGAUUCAAAAUACCACACUAUGUCCAUUCGUAAUCAACGGUUUGCGUUGCGCUUCAUAUGUAAUCUACCAAGAUCAAGUUAAUCGUUUGGCUGACAUUGCCUUCCUUACUUUCGCCCAGAGCAUGGCAUCAAAGAAAUUGUUCCCAAUUGAAAUUAAUCUCCAAGAGUACGGAAACUACGUUUAUUCAGCUCGUCCAGCUAUUCUAGAGGAGACAACUAUGCAACUCUACAGUUUCUUACCACCAUUGAAAUACUCAGAUUCUGCCGCAUGGGUUAAGUCACUUGCUGUCUACAAGGAUCCAGGAUAUGUAGCAAACAUCAACAACACAGCACUCGUUAAUUUCGUCAAGUCACAAUUGCCAUCGGAUUCACCAAAGCAAAUCUGGCAAAACAUUCAGACCAAUGCUCUCACCUUUGAUCUCACCUACCAAUCGUCACCAUACUCGAACAGUUUUGCUAAUACCACCGGUCAAAUUGGCUUCAGUUCAGUUUACUAUGUCGAUACCAACGUUCCAAGUCUGGUUGGUGUUGGUCCACUUGACAAGAGUCUGUUCCCUACCUUUGUAAUUUACGGUACCCUCACACCAACUCAAUUUCCAAAUAGUGAUUGCAGUAUGUGGACACAAGGAGGAAGUGCGAAUAUCAAUAUGAACACAAUGGCUUGGUUGUACGCUACAACCUCUUGGUAUUUCAAUGGACAAGGACCAGUACUACCAAGUUCUUAUUCGAUUUCAGGAACUAACGUAAAUAUCAACGGAGCUCCCAGCAUCAAUUCAACCACCAGUAAUUUUAUUGCUUCGGUUGUUUUCAGUAAUAAUGACAGACCAUCAAUGACCAGAACAAUGAACGUGUCAUGUUCUUUUGGUGCGCCAUCGAUCGAUUCAAUUACAAUGAAUUCUCCCACUAAUAUGACUAUCGCAGGUUUCAAUCUCGGUAACCAAUUUAUAUUGAACGUCAAUGGAAAACCAGUCUACACCGAGCUGAACACUGUUGAGUUUAGAGCUGUUAAUCUCAAUGUUUAUCUUCCACCAGCAUCGACUCUCUCCAUCACUGUUACAGUUGGAAAUAAAACUUCAGCUGCCAAAUCACUGGUUACCUCUGGAAACUAUCCAUGGUUAACCUCUGUCACACCCAAUAGAUUUUCGGUUGCCGCUACUCAAACAUUGAUUGCCACCGGUACGAACUUUGGUGCUCAACCACAAACACCGGUUUUGAAGUUUGGAGUCAAAGGUAAUGAAGUAAUCUGUACCUUUGGUGCUUGGAUCAACUCAACUUCCUUCUCCUGUAGUCUUGCGGCUCCACCAUCAAAUCUCAGAGAUAUGCCAUUACGUGUCACCACCUUCAGUGUAGACGGUAGCUCUGGUAUUCCAAACAUGGAUCUCUAUGUCUCUUUCAACAAUAUCAAGGUUACCAAUCUCAUCCAAAACGACCUUGCCGUUACAAUGAUCGGUGAUUACUUUGAUCUCUACUCACAGGCAUGGAUUAUCACAGUUGGUGGUGGAUCUCCAACCAGUGUUGCAUGCACCAGUGCCACCACAUGUACAUUCCAAUUGUCUGCCCAAUGUAAAGACGGUCAAUUUAAGGUCGAUGCAUCCGCACUCGGUAGCGUAUUCACUCAAACCCAAUAUUGGAAACCAAUUCUCCAAGUCGCAUCUUCACCAAUCAGUUUAACCUCUGCGGUCAGUGGAUACUUUAUUGGAGCCACCACCAAGGUUAUCUUUGGGGCCUACCUCAGCCAACCAUCGACAACCGUAUCGAUCACCGGAUCCGAUCCAUUCUUCAUCACCCUCCCACUAAUGGUUGGAAACAAUGUACCAAUCACUUUCUACAAUGACAUUAACCAACAAUCCAAAGUUUACUAUGGAGCUUUCCCGCCACCAACCAUCAAUAGUUUCGCUCAAAAUGGAGAUACCAUCACAUUCCAAGGUAAUUUCUUUGGUUCCAAUACCAAUACAUUCGGUGCAGCCAUCGGUGGUCUCAAUGUUCAAGCUACCAGAUUCUCAAGCAUCAGCUAUACCUCUGUCAGUGUGAAUAUCGCCAACACUUCAAGAAGUGGUGAUAUCACUAUCUCAGCAGGUGGUCAGACCUCACAACCAUUCAGAAUCAACCUCAAACCAGUCAUUGAAAGCAUCACUAGUCCACCUGUCGUCGGAGGUUUAAUUACUCUCACCGGUAAGAGCAUUGCACCAUUCUCAUUCGACAAUACCAAAGUAUUGGAAUUCAAGAUCAACGGUAACGGUUGUGUAAACCCAACAUUUGGUGAUUCUGAAAAUCAGACCGUAGUAUGUACCGCUCCACGUGGAGUAGGUAUUGCAACAUUCUCUGUCUAUGUUCCAAAUACCAACAUCGAGCCAACCAACUUUACAGUACAAUAUCAAAAACCAACCGUUAUCAGUUCAUCAUCAACUAUUUUCGGACGUGCCAAUUUAGUAACAAUUACAGGUACCAAUUUUGCCAAUGUAGAUUUAUCAGUUACCAUUGGAGGUCAACCAUGUACAGCUCCACAAGCAAGCACGGAUGGUACUACUGUUAUUUGUAACUUUGCUUCCACUGUUCAAAGUACUGUUGCUUUGACCGUAAAUGUCACAGUUAGCUCAUUCUCUGAUGCCAAGGAUGUAUUUAUCUAUAUUGCUCCAACUGUUUGUCCAACUGACUGUGGUCAAGGUACUUGUGACACCAUGAAGGGUACUUGCAAGUGUUAUGCCGGUUGGAUUGGUUCUGUCUGUUCAUUCAAGAUCUCUACCAACACCACAAGUUUCGCUCCACAACUCGAUAGCUAUAGUGACAGUGUUUUGGGUAGUGGUUACGAUUCACCAUUCUUUGUUUCGAUCCACGAGCUCAGAGAAGUCGAUGCCAGCGGUACCAUCAUCAGUCAAAAGUUGAUCAAGGAAAUCACUUGGACAAAGACCGUCUCUGGAAAUCUCAAUACAUAUUCGGGUAGUGUUGGAAAUGCCAACAUUGAAAUCAAGGCAAACAUUAUCACUACAGCUGGAACCUACAACUUCUUGGGUGACAGUUUCGACACCAAACCAAACUCUCUCAAGUACACCAUCAACAUUAGCAAAUGGGAUUUCGUCAAUCCAGCAAACAGCUUGAAGGUUGUCUUUAUCUAUGCCGGUGUCAAGAGCUCACUCUGCGUCGACUCUCAAGUUGUUCUCUCUGGUAGAACCGCGGACAACUCCUUCACCAGAUACGUAGAGAUCAACACUGCCACAGCUAUUCUCCAAUCUUACUAUGCCGACCGUAUGGAAUCUGACGGAGGAAAGUUCAGAUCAGCCAAGAUCGAUAUCUUACCAUCGACCGACCCAUCGAUGCCAACCACUACCACAUCCAACUCCAAUGCUAUUUACGCAAUGACUGCAAUCAGUAUUGAAAAUUUCUCGAGCUACGCAAUCAUCGAUCCAUACUUUGUAACAACAUUAAUCGAUAGAGAAAUCUGUGACAUCAACAGUGCCAACACAAACUUUGACCUGAAAUGGAAGUUCCCAGUAGUUAGUGACAUUCCUAUCACUAGAGUAUUAAACUAUCAUAUCAAAUAUUUAUAG